AGGCGCGCACUUGUGCACGGGCGGGGAGGGCAACAUUCGCGAAAAUGGUGAAACGUCGAGGGUAGGCGAGGAUGUCUCGGGUCUUAUCGAGCUCGCAGUUUUUACUAAUCACGCUUACGCGGAGCAGGGAGUUUUACUGAAAACGGAUAAGAAACUAAUAAACUCGUGGCAUUGUAACCGCGGAGAUAAUGAAGAGCCGAAUUUCUCGUACUUCGAUUGAACCUCCCGAUCUCGCAACGAGUCAAAACUUUCAUUUACUUUGAAGCUCGGCUCGGUGUAACAACAAAACAAUCAUUUAUUAUACGCGCAUUUGUCGAACAAAUGUUCGCCUAAUCAUAUUUGCCGCCACUGACAGUUCCGAUGUUCUUUUUUCAAAUGAAUCUACGCCUCCACCAUCUUGAAACUCUCGGGAUAGAGUCGCGUAAACAGUGAAACCGACGGAUUGGUGUUCGUUCCUUAACCCUUAUUUUGAUUUUUUUUACAUUUCCAUCUCGUCCGCGGUAUUAUCGACGAUAUUAUGGCAAGUCUGGCCGGUGGCUCGGCCGGCUUUCCGAGACCUCCGACGAUGCUGGAACAGUUACUGGAGGAAAUUAAUUUCCAGAGAACAAAGGAAAUGCGACAGCUCCUGAAAGACGAUUCUGGUUUCGUGAUGCUGCAGGGCACGACGUACUGGACCGAUCUCUUCGUUCGCCACUUUCUCUUUCAAGCAGAGCACACGAUAGACGGUGACGAUUUGCUCUUUUUCGUGCGUAAAAAACAUGUCAAAACGUCGUCGAGAUACGUGCCAAAGUUCGAAACGGAAGUCGACGUGUUUCGCAAAGACAGCAAAAAAUUGCCGAUCGGUGAUCCUGACAUCGAUUGGGAAGAAACGGUCUAUCUCAAUCUCGUCGUUCAUCAGUUCGAUUAUACAUUGACACUUGCUAUUUGUACACGCACGAGUCCCAAAGAAUUACAAGUAUUAAGACGUCACUCGCAAAAAGUGUACGCGAGCCCAAGCCGUCGACGAAUGGACGCCAAGGGCGACCUCGAGGAAAUGACUUAUCCGCACAUCUGCUUCAUGGUCGACAAUUUCGACGAAGUAUUCUGUGAUAUAUUAGUUAGGGACGGUGAGAUGGUUUGCGUCGAGUUGGUGGCUUCGGAUCGCGACGGUGCAGUCCAGGGCGUCAUAUUUCUCGGCUCUAUCAGAUACGACGCCCUGAAGAAAGUCUAUGACGCCAGGUCGAGCCUCAGCACGAAAAUGGCCCAACGUAUGACCUUCGGCCUCUUCUCCGGUGCCUCCUCUCAAAGGAUCGAGUUCGUGAGGAUGAAGGGUCCCCAAGGAAAAGGACACGCUGAGAUGGCAGUUACUAAGCCGAAAGGAUCGGGUGCGGAGACGCCAACUUCGGAGCCGGGUUAUUCAGCGACCGAUGCAUUGUGGGACGCCGAUUGGGACGACGCGGAGGAACUUUUCAUGUACCGUCAUCAGCGCAGGUUGUCCGAUCCAAGCGCAAAUCUCAAUAAUUUUGUUCGCGGCGGUUGGCGAACGAAGCCGGAUCAGGUCGCGACGAAAGCACGCUCGGAAAACGAGGGUCUUGACUCGAUGGCCAACGGCCUCAGCGAAAUUGAGGCUGGUGACGUUCGUGACGCUGAAGGACAUGCCAGCAGCUGGGGCGGCCGGGAAUCCCCGGUACGACGGCCCGAAAGCCCUCGCAGGAGUCCAAGAUCAAGAAGACGCACCUCGCCCCAAUAUUCACCGUCGGCUGAUAAAACUAGAAAAGGGAGUAGAAGGGCCGAGCGUAAAAGUUGCGAAAGAUCUUCGACGACAAGCAACGACACGGCGACACCGAUCAUCCCAACGGCAACAACAACGACAACAACGACUACCACGAGCAGAGCCAAUAACGAGAACCACCUUUCAACCCCGAGCAAACAAGGAUCGAAACUGGAGGAUUCCACAUAUCAUCAGACUUCAACUCGCCCAACAAGUGGUGGGAAUCGGCACCAACGUCCAUCUUCGACACCUGCAAAAGUGCACGAAACCUCGACAACGAUAACGGCAACGAAAACAACGCCGAAGCCAAAUCGACGUCGCAAUCAUCACCGGCACCACAUCGAGGUCGGCAGCGAGAUUCUGGUGGCUGACAGCGUCGACUGUCUGAGUAAGGACAACGUCAUGCAAAAAUUGGACGCCGGUGCUAUUCUGGUGAACGGAAAAGAGGAAUUACCGUUGGGCAAUUACGAUUCGACGAUCCAGGAGAAAAGCAAACUUCUCAGAACUGAUACAAAGUGCUCGGACGAGGAAAAAAUGCUUGGAAAAGAAUUUGACAAGUGUGGCGUUACUCUUGACGACGAGACGCCGGAAGUCUCGCCGCUGCCCCGAAGAAGACGUCCCAGAAAUCGUGCCCGUCGCUACUACAGCGAUGACGAAGUCAUCGGCGUUCAUGCCAGUCGGAAAAACCGUCGCAACGAUCCUCCCCCAACGAACGAUGAAACUUUCCUUUCCAACCGUUUGAAUCAUCAGGACACUGAAAAUCCUUCGGAAAAUGAUAAUCGUGAUGAAAUCUCUCGCCUCCUCGAUACCACCCGCGAUAAAAACGCCAACUCGAGGCUCACCCGAGCGAGCACUUACGAUUGUGGACAAAGACAAAGCGCCACGCUUCCAAGACGAAGGAGAAGACGCGCCAUGUCCGGCAGCAUUAUUGGCAACCCUCUGCCACCUCAUCGCGUCACUCCUGAUGGAACAGCCAUCUACUAUUGGUGCGAGCUUCCCCGCCGCCCCGGCUCUCAGGAACUCGACGACGGUGCUUACAAUCCACUCUGGACGAUGCGAGGUUUCACUCAAACCUUUCACUUCUGGAAAGAAACGAGAAGAGCACAAUCCGUACCUCUCAACGCCUUUCUCACGUACAUAACACUUCCUUGGUGGAGCAUAGCCAAAGAUAUUCUGGAUCAUAGGGAAGAUCCGAUACUCACGUUUUAGCCAAUCAAAAGGAUGGAAAAACGUAAUCGCCACUAAAAUAUACGAACACAAAUACCGGCAAAGCCGCUCGCGGUCUCUCGGCCCAACAAAUCGACUAAUCGACACUCAAUCGAAAACUGUAUUCUGUAUAAAUUUCAUUGGUACAUAAUUAUUUAUUUAUAGCAACAACGAUUUUUUUCUAUUUUAUCAACAUCAAAUACAUGUAACACUUUUUGGCCAAUGAAACAGCUGAUUUUUUCAAAGGAGGAAACAAAAACACUGGAACCAAAAGCAACGAUUUUUGUCUUCACAGAUCUUCACUGACGAAUUUUUUUUCAACCAAAAUAAUCAAAAUAACUUCAACAAAGGAAGGGGCAGUUGAAAAAAUGAGGGAGAAUUGAAAGUAAAAAUCUCGAAAACGGGGAUAAAAAAUUCGAAAGUACAUUUUCGUGGGAAUCAUCAAAAAAAGACCAAUCGCGAUACUCAAGUACUAUUUUAAGAGAACCGGAAAUCUGCAGACUCGAUUUUAUUUUAAAAAAUAUGAUAACAAUUCUCAACGAAUUUUAUAAAAGACAGAAAAAGAUUCUGGAUAAUGAAAUUAAAGAAUUGUGGAAAACA